CACAGGUGAUGUGUUUUCCUUGUUUGUGUGUGUGAGUGAUGUCUCCGCCAUUGAAUUUCAUUUUAGCCGAGAAUUGAAAUAGGUUGUGCCUUUCACAAAUCGGCAAAAAUCUUUAUAAUCUCUCUUCCUUUGCCUAUUCUAUUUAGCUAUAUUCCGUGCACCAUAAUUAUAUCAAAUGGCAGACAGAGACACAGAUGAGUUAAACAUCGAUAACGUAAUAAAAAAAUUAUUAAAAGUUCGUGGCGAAAAGCCUGGAAUGAAUGUACAGUUAACAGAAAUAGAGAUCAAAGGGCUAUGCUUGAAAUCGCGAGAAAUAUUCUUGUCACAGCCGAUUUUACUUGAAUUGGAAGCGCCGCUUAAAAUUUGCGGUGACAUCCACGGACAGUAUUACGACCUGCUCAGGUUGUUUGAGUACGGAGGCUUCCCCCCUGAGUCCAAUUACCUGUUCCUCGGUGACUACGUUGACCGCGGGAAGCAGUCGCUGGAGACAAUAUGUCUGCUCCUCGCCUAUAAGAUCAAAUACCCAGAGAACUUCUUCCUUUUACGUGGCAACCACGAGUGCGCUAGCAUUAAUAGGAUUUAUGGGUAAGUUAUUUUUUUUUCGUCAUUUUACUUAACUGCAUCUGAAAGAUAGUGAUGUUUUUUCGAGGUGCCUGUGCUUUAACAGGGUUCUUUUAGGCAAUUAUAUGCUCUACGAUUUUUUGAAGAGUCGCUUUUUAAUAAUCACUGAAACUAAAAACCAAGUUCUGAAUCUUCGUAUUUACGAGAGGAAUAGUUAUUAAAAAUAUCAGCUUUAUUGCGGAACAACUAUGAAACGAAACAACAAGAACGUAAACUGUCGUAUAAAUUAAUUCAUUUUCACAAACGUAACUCCAAACUCUCAUUAAAAAUAGCUUUACUCUAAUUCGAAGGGCCGGAACUAAAACUUUACUUAUAUAGAUAUAGAUGGCAUUUGCGUAGGCGACAGGUAACUAUUGUAAGGCAGGUUUACAAAGGUCGUUCAAACGUGCUACCUGCAAAUUUUUGAACAAACCGUCCCUUUUGCGGCCAGAGGCCAACCCAAACUUGCCAUCACAAAGCCCUUUAAUUUGCUUUAUACGCAUAAUGUUAUGGCGUUUUUGUUAAAUAAGGGUGAAUAUUAUUUAUGAGGUCACAGGGCCUAUAUUAAUGUUGUUUAUGAAACGAUUUAUUUACAGUAUCGAAAGACAUCAUUUUCGAAAGAAUUUGUAAUAAAAACAUAAUCGUAGAAUUUCCAAAACAUUAAAAAUAAUGUAAGAAGUCGAAAUAUUUACCGCCUAUAUAAUAGUUACAUGGGCAUGAUUUUUCCCUUACAUGAUUGUUAAUUAUAAUCGUAUUAAUUUUCUCCAAUACGUCACAUUCGUAACUUGAUAAUUAUCAAAUAUUAAUUUAAAAAGCGGUGAUGCAAAAGGACUUUGCUAUGACAACGACCACCUCCGUAAUCAAAUAAAUACUUUUAUCUAAUAAUUCAAUAAUAAUUAUGUAAUCUUUAGAUCAUAACAUUAAAACCGUGUACGUACUGAAUAAUCAUAUUACAAGUUAUCUCUCAGUGAGAUAUAGAUUUUAAGAUAUUUUUACGCCUUUGUUACUAGAAUUUAUCAAAAUAAGCAACGUCGUAAGCUAAGAUUGUUUUGAUAUAUGUAGAAAUAAACUUAAGAUAUAUCGCAAAAUACAGAGCUGUAGAGUGUAGACACAGCUCAGCUGUGAAAUACAGACAUCUUUAUUUUUUUUCAAACUCCACUAAAAAACAAAGAAGUACCAGAUAUUUUAAGUCGCAAAAUAUAAUUCGUUAUUAAUAAGUGCACAUAACCCAGUUUAUUGAACUCUCACAAGAUUAAUGUGAAUAUUUAAAACUGAUAUAAAUAAUCUUACUAACAGCUGUCUAACUGUAACAUAAAUUCACGUUCAAAAGUUCUUAAGAUUCUGAUAUGAAAGUGUUCAAUGAGACUAGAUUUCACUAUCGGCUUAUAUCUUUGAUUAUCAUACUCAUUUGUUGAAAAAUAAUAGUUGAUCUAGACGAUGCAAGGAAUAUCGAGCAAGAUGGCAUCACAUACACUUUUUAACAUGAUUUUUUGGUAGGACUGCUGAUGCUGGGCUGUUCAAUGUAUUGCAACGCGGACGGAUAUUUCAUCGUCAUAUAAUAAGCAUUUCCUCAGUCUUCCGCUAUAGUUUUUCUAUCACUACUAGAUUGGAAUUGUAUGACAUUUGUCUGAAGCUCAUGCCAAAAGUAUAUCUUAAACCAGAGACGGGAUAUUAGACACAGUUUCAGAUUACAUACUAUUGCUAGGUAAUAAAACUGUAUGAUUGGUCAAUUGGCAUACUUCCAGUUUUCAUAGAGCCUAUCGUCAUAAAAGUUUGUGGGUUAUUAGAGCUUUUAGUAACCAAUCACAUCCUUUGGCGUUAUAUGUCAAAAGGUCGUUAAAAAGCGGAUACACAUAAAUAUUUGUAUAAAAAGAUCUAUUAAAUAUCCGGGAAUUCUAUUCUUAUUCAUAACUAGCUGUGCUCGCGACUUCCUCCGCGUGGAUUUCGAAACGAUAUGAUGCUGAACACUAAAUGUUAAGCAGAGCUUACCGCAAUAUAAAAUUGAAAACUAGAUAGCGUGCACAAACGCGCGGGGAAGUAGACAGAAAUUUCGUGGUUUUAGGUUCUAUUGCGUUGAUAAAGGUCUCCUAAAGUAUUUUCAUACAUACGUUACAUUUUUAUAUACGAAUACGAAUGACUGUUGUCAGUUGUUUUCCUGUAACUGAUUUGUACAGUACAGUUUUCUACGACAGCUUAUCUAAAGAUCAAGAGAACCACCAUGUCGGAGCCGUAACGGCUUUAAUUAGGCGCACAACUGUCCUACAUGCGAUGGGAUUAAGUCAGUAAAGAUUUAAGACCACUCGUGUUUUAAUUAACUAAAGCAUAAAAUUAAUGUAAGUACACUGUGUAAUUACUCCCGUGGCUUUCUUUGCGCCUUUUGUACUUAGGGCAUAGAGUUAUAUGUAGUAACGGUGUUACUACGUUAGAAGAUUUUUUUAUUUAUUUAGAAUCUCAAUUCGAAAAACAUAGUAAUUAAGGAAUUAAGUCCUUAAUUCAUAAAUAGGUACAAAAUAUAAGGUUCCUAAAUUUAGGACAGUGUAAUAAGCUCAGUAUAAGUGGGUAUUUGCAGGACUGACCAAAGUACCCAAUUUCUGGUUCAUACCAUACUUAGUAAAAGUUUUUUCAUAAUAUGUAAAUUCUCCCUAUAUCCACCGUAAUUACUCGUAACGGAAUUUCCCAAAUUGCAGCAACCGUAGUCCCCAGAUACUAUCGUAUUUCAUUUAAGAUUAGACGUCUUAAAAGCUUGCUUGUGUUACCACGUAAUCCUUUCAAUGUACCCAAAUUCCUUCUUGCGUGGCUGCAAACCCUUGGGAAACGACUAAAACGUACGGAAGUGUACAAAAUGUUAUUCGCAACUGGAAUACCGGAAUUCUCUCUCAAACAAUUGCAUCUGCGUGAAUUUCGUAACGUAACGAAAAUGCUCGUGUCGUCAUGUUUACAUAACAAGAUUGAAUCACCAAAAAAUAGUAUCAGCGAAACAUUAUAUUAGGCGAAAAACUGGUUUAUAACAUUCUUUACCAAUUAAAUAUUCUUGUUUAAACUGUAAAUUACAAAUAAUAUUGUAAAAAUAUGUAUUUAUGCUUUCACUUUCACAUUUAUUUUGUAUUUCCGAUCGUCGAAUUCCGAAUAUAGACUAGGCCUAUUAUACCUUACCGGAACCGUUUCCUGAAACCAUACUUGUUACGUCGAAUUUCAUGAGAUUUACAUUGAUUGCCUCAAAAAGGUUUGAUUUAAUAUUCCAUUUUAAGUACUGCGUAAUUAAUCUUUGUAUUGACGAAGUGCUUUUUUUUCUUAAAUACUCGAAAAUGAAUCAUGAUGUAAAUUUUUUUGGUAAACCUACCCCUGGUUUAAAAUGUUUCUAAUCAAGUAAAAAUACGACUAUGAAUGGUUGAUCACACAACUUUCGAACACAGCUCUUCUUGACCUGGACAUAUGAAAAACAAUUUGUUACGUUGAUGCGUUUGAGAUUGGUAUUAUCAAGUUUAAACCAUAAAACCACUCAAGAGUCAAGAUGUUGACUCAAGACGGUCCCGUAUUUGCCGUAUGGCUCCUUAAGGCUAAUAAAUUCAGUACCAGAUCGUAUCUGCACUGGUAAACCGGUUGAUGGAUCCAGUAACUCGUUUAGACCUCCCUUCGAUAUUCAUAAGAUUGUUUGAUUCGAAUCGAGAUUCACUGCCACCCGGCCAUUAUAUCUUGUGUUUUUCGAAUUUAUUUAAGUUACGAGAAAAGUACUUGUUGUUUGGUUAAUUGGUGCAAAAUUUUAGAUAAUGUGUUACACUGUCUGCGGUUUUAUCUAUAGGUACCUGAAAAAUAUCUUGAAGACAUAUAGCCAUUGAUGAAACCUCGAAGUAAAUAUAAGUUUAGGUGGUUUUGAUAACAAGGUAUUUUGAAAAAGUUAUAGCACAAUAUGGCUUGUAAAAUACUACUAUCGUCUGAAUAAAACUAGAUUCAAUUCAUAAAGACAAUUGCAUUCGUAUUUGUCGAUCCGUGGCAUAAUUUGCGCUUUAUGAGUGAAAGUGUGUGGCGGAGAAAUGGUUUAUUGCUUUUCUAGAUUUCCUAACGAGCUGUCUCCAUACUCAGCCGGUGCUUUCAAACGUCUAAUCCGUAAUUGAGAUCUGAUAGAUGGUUGCAAUCAUGAUUACAAUAAUAAUACCAGUUUUUACAGCAAAAUUAAAUUACUUUGACGCUAAAAUGUGAGAUUCAUGUGACUUUUAUUGAAGAAAAUAUAAUUAAUAUCACUCAUUAAUUGUUCCGCUUGACAUAAUUGAUUACUUUGUACGUUGAUAUCGUUUGUAAGUAAAUUAAAUUAGCCUAAUUGGCGGUCCUUGAAGUCUCUAGUGCUACACUGACUUAGUAUUGUUCCCGCUCAAAGCGUAAUUUCUGUUAAAGAAUCGGUGUUUAAUAUAUUCGGUACCGAAUUUCUCCCUAAUAUUAUAAGGCCUGACCCCGUUGCUCCCUCGAGGAGACAAAGAAAUGCGCGCAUAUGUCUGCGUGUCAUGGGAAGUGAACACGCGUCCGCCAUGCACGGCUGACUGCCAAACAAAACCAUGCUUCCUACUGUUUGUACUGCGUAUGCUAACAUGUCUUGAAAGGGCUGGUUUUGUACUUUAAUGUUUUAAAUCUUGUGGUAAAGUUCACUACAAAGAUUUGACUUUAUUUGAAACCUAUUUCUCCUAAAAGUGGUAUAUUUCUUGUAACUAAUGCCAUUUUACACUAAACAGCAACAUGAUUGUAUUGUAACCACAAAGAAUAAACCUUUUUCCUUGCCUAUGGUGUCGUAAUUCUGGACAAAGUAUUUUAAAUAAUAAAUUUAAAUGGUGACAUCAUACAACAUGUAUUUAUCCUGAUGAAACCCUUUUAUGAAAUUCAACGCGGCGGGUUUUAAACCCUCCUUAUAAAACACUUUACAAACACAACACGAUGAGUAUACCGAUCGAGUGACGUCACUCCCGUACGACUCGUUUCUUUGUUUAUAAAGGGAAAUACAAAAUGAAGUCGGUUUGUUCCCAGGGUCCUCGUAUAUCGUUGCGUUUACUUAAACAAAUCCUACACAUUUAUUCUGUGCGGAUCUCUAGCAUCCUAUAGGUUUUUAUAAGCACAGUUUGCAUUGAAACUUAACCCUUUUUAAGGCAGAGGCGAUAUAUUUACCACCAACAAAAACUUUGUUUAUCUUUUUAUGUUAGUUAUCAAAGGAGUCCUAAUUUGUUGCACUGGCAACUAAGGAGGUCUGGUUUAAUAUUUUAAAAAAAAAAGAAAAAACGUUUGUGUGACAUUUUUUGUUUUUGGCGCCACUAGCUGUCAAAAAUUGCGGUAAUUUGGAAAGAAAAUUUGUUACUCCGUGAAUCUUUAUAUUUUUUAUUUGAAAAGAGGUAAGAAACUGUUUUUUUAUUAUGUAUUUAUGUUUAUUCUACAAGUUGUUUUCUAUAUCUUACAAGUUACUAUCGUAUUUAGAUGUGAGAAGACUUUUUACUGGGUGGGAAAAAUAUUCCCGCUGCCCGCGGAGUGUUAUGUACAGUUGUUGAACUAGUUCCUUCUUUUCUCAGAUUUUUAUGAAAGAUGCCGCGCUAUUUGAAUGAAAAUGAUAUUGGGCAGAUGCUGGACAUACCCGAUGAUGGCUCAGAAGACGGAUUUGAGUCUGAUGAGGCAGAAGAGUUCAAUGUGAAUACAAUACAACGGUUACUUGAAGCACCUGAUGAUUCAAGUGACCUUUUACAAAAUUC